GAUAAACUGUUUAGUGGGGCAGUCCACGCGAAUGGAACGGUAGAAACAGUACACUUUCAUACGAACAUCGAUUUAGAUUUAAGAAAAAAAAAAAGAAAUUGCAAAACUACGCAUACGUACACAUGACACGAUGUUACGUUCAAGAUCCCAAACCAGUGUAUGGGAACAAGAAGCGAAAUUUGUACAGGAUCGAAUAUCCAACGUGGAGAAACAUUUCGCAGAAUUAUGCGUGACGUUUGCGGCAUAUGCAAGAAAAGCGGCAAGAUUGCGCGAUAAAGGCGAUGAAAUUGCAAAAGUAAUUCAGACCUACGCUCAUUCGGAAAAUAUAAAUCGAUCACUUUCUACAGGAUUGACGAACUUUUCAGCGACUCUCUCGGUGAUAGGCGACUACAGUGAUGCCAAAGUACAAAGAUUCGAUGCAAAAAUAAUUGCUCCGCUUUCUCAAUAUGCAACUAUCUGUAAACAUGCUCGUGAUGACGUAAAAAAUACCUUUGCGGCACGAGACAAAGAGUUAACUAGGAAAAGACAUCUGGACAGGCUCAGAGAAAGAAAUCCUAGAAACAGACAAAUGAUCUCACAAGCUGAAUCGGAAUUAAUGAAAGCUUCCGUCGAAGUUUCAAGGGUUGUAAAGGGGUUGGAGGAGCAAAUUGAUUCAUUCGAAAAAAGGAAAUUACAUGAUUUAAAAACCUUACUGUUAGAUUUUGUUGCUAUCGAGUUAAGUUUUCACGCAAAAGCUUUGGAGUUAUUGACGAAAGCUUAUCAAGACGUUACUGAAAUCGAUGAAGUUAAAGAUCUAGAGGACUUUCAGACAAUGAGAGGAAGUAUGAAUGGGGAAUUUCGUGAAGUGAUGCGUGUUCCGGAUUCUGUUGCAAGAUUGGCUACCGUUGAACGAACUUCAUUUAGACAAGCUUAUUCUCUAACUAAUUUGGCUAGUCGUUUUACUUCUUCUCCCAUCAUUUCCCAGAAAUUAGAUACCCGUGCAACCGGGUCCACGGAUUCUGCAAAAUCUAGUUUAAAAACCAACUCUUCAGAAUCUGUACAAAUUGAGGAAUAUAAAGAGAGUUCAGAAGAAACAGACUCUGAAUCUAUUGAAGAUAAACCUAUUAAACUGCAAACACAUUCUAAACAUGAUGGUCGACGCAAAUUUAUAUUUAAAGCAAUACCCCCAAUUCCUGCGUAUCAGAAGUUUUUAACAAAGCCUAUGAUUAUUAAGUAUAAUUAAC